UCUGGUCAAAAUCACCAAAAAGCAAAACACAAAAGUUUGAUCUCUUCCAUCAUCAUUAACAUUAACAUUAAGAUUGCACUCUCUUCUCCAAAUCUUUGUUUUUUUUUUUUUUUUUUUUUNUUUUUUUUUUCUGUGUCUCUUUAGAUUCGAAUCUUUACUCUUUUCUUCCUCACGAGCUUCUCGUCUCGUAUCCUCCUCCUCCUUCUACCUCUUUCUCGUAUCCUCCUCCUCCUUUAACCCGAACCGAAUCAUCUUGAGAUUGUUCUUCUUCUCCCCUGCAUUUUCAUCAUCUUCAGGGAGCGAAUUAGAGAGGAGAUAUGGCUGGUUUAUCAACAUCAUCAACGAAGAGGUUUCCUCUUUACGCUAAAGAUUACGAGUUGUUUGAAGAGGUAGGCGAAGGUGUUAGUGCUACUGUCUUCAGAGCUCGUUGCAUUGCUCUCAACGAGAUUGUUGCUGUUAAGAUAUUAGAUCUCGAAAAAUGCAGAAACGAUUUGGAAACAAUACGCAAGGAAGUUCAUAUAAUGAACUUGAUUGAUCAUCCGAAUUUGUUGAAAGCGCAUUGUUCGUUUAUAGACAGUAGUAGUUUGUGGAUUGUGAUGCCUUAUAUGUCUGGUGGUUCUUGUUUUCAUUUGAUGAAAUCUGUUUUUCCGGAUGGUCUUGAGCAACCUAUCAUUGCUACUUUGCUUAGGGAAGUGCUUAAAGCGCUUGUUUAUCUUCAUCGACAAGGUCACAUCCAUAGAGAUGUUAAGGCUGGGAACAUAUUGAUUCAUUCAAGAGGUGUAGUGAAACUUGGAGACUUUGGAGUUUCAGCAUGUAUGUUUGAUAGUGGGGAUAGGAUGCGCACAAGGAAUACAUUUGUUGGAACUCCUUGUUGGAUGGCACCUGAGGUUAUGCAGCAAGUAAACGGAUAUGAUUUCAAAGCGGACAUAUGGUCGUUUGGCAUAACUGCAUUGGAGCUUGCUCAUGGUCAUGCUCCAUUUUCCAAAUAUCCACCUAUGAAGGUGCUACUGAUGACUUUACAAAAUGCUCCUCCUCGUCUUGACUAUGAAAGAGAUAAGAAGUUCUCAAAGUCAUUUAGAGAGUUAAUCGCAGCUUGCUUAGUUAAAGAUCCAAAAAAGCGUCCAACCUCAGCUAAACUUCUGAAACACCCUUUCUUCAAACAUGCUCGGUCUACAGAUUACUUGUCUCGUAAAAUUCUUAAUGGUCUUUCUCCUCUUGGUGAACGUUUUAAAAAGCUCAAGGAGGCAGAGGCUGAGUUAUUUAAAGGCUUAAAUGGUGACAAAGAACAGUUAUCCCAGCAUGAGUAUAUGCGAGGAAUUAGUGCUUGGAAUUUUGAUCUCGAAGAGUUGAAGACGCAAGCAUCACUUAUUCCAAAUGAUGAAAUGUGCGAUUCAGAGAUUCAGGAACUGAACGAGAAUGGGGAUGUCAGGCUUGAUGUACCAAAAGGAAACACAGUGGUACAAAGGUCACAGACUAUGCCUUUGGAAUACUUCUCAGAAAAGUUAGGAACUGCGGAGAAGCUCGUUUCUGAAGAGCCACAUCUACUAGAACCAUUAGCGGAUACUACAAAGCAAGUGAAAAAAACAGGACUUGAGCCGGAGAAACCAAAAAAUGGAUACACUGUUAGUCCUGUGAACAGAACACCUUGCGCAGCAACGGAAAUCCUCCCAUUGUUAAAGAGUCUCCUGGUUCAGAAUGACAUUCAGAGAGAGAAAGUAAUCAGAUUAAUUAGAUAUUUUGAUGGAAGUGCAGAAACUGGAAAUCCAAUCUCCAAAACCGAACGAGUGCAGAUAUAUCCAUCAAAGGAGAAAGAUCUGCAAUCUCAGGUUCAGUUUUUGGAGCAAAGUGUUGAGAAGCUCGUAGAUGAAGUUCAGAGAAGAAAAGAAAUAAAUAGUCAGCUAGAACAACAAAUCAGCUCUCUAAUAAACAGCAACAGCAUUCCUUAAAAGCUUAUCGGAGAAUAGAUGAUUCUUUUAUGUAAUUCAAUAUAUAUAAUAAUGUCAAAUUACUCUCUCUUUUUUCUAUUCUUUCACAUAAAUCCAUUAGUCAUCCUUCUCUA